GGGGUCAGAGGUUGAAAUUACAAACCCGGAUGCGAGAGCUCGUCGGGCAGCGACCUGUGUGUCCGACCUGUCCGUGCUAAUUAAUAUUCAGUUCUUAGCCUUUGUUCGUUCUCAUUAAUAUUCAUUAUCCGACCAUGUCAGCUCAUUAACAAUUCAGUGUCUGACUCAGGGUCAUGAAUAUCCAGUGCGUGCCGCUCGAUGUGUGAUGGCGGCCGCGGUGCGGUGUCGGUUGUUCGGCUUGGUGGAUGUGGGAGACGCCGCUCUGUGGAGGCGGGCUCCCUGCUCUCUCCAUGUGGGGUGCCGAAAGAAAUCAACCCAAUACUUAAAUCGUCCCAAUCUACCUAAAUUAGCAUACAAGAGAACAAAAGGUAGAAAUCCAGGAGUUCUCUUCUUGCCGGGUUUUGCAUCUACUAUGAAGGCAGAUAAAGCAUUGGCACUUGAGGAAUUCUGUAAAUCACUUGGGCAUUCGUUUGUAAGGUUUGAUUAUACGGGAUGUGGCGAAUCUGGUGGAAACUUCAGUGAGUGUACAAUAGGCCAGUGGAAGAAGGAUGUUUUGUCUCUACUUGAUGAGCUCACAGAAGGACCACAAAUUCUGGUGGGUUCCAGUCUGGGAGGAUGGCUGAUGCUCCUUGCUGCAAUAGCACGGCCAGAGAGGGUAGUUGCACUCGUUGGCAUAGCUACAGGGGCUGAUUAUUUGGUGACUGCUUUCAGACAGCUUCCUUUGGAGACAAAGAAAGAAAUAGAAGAAAAAGAUGAAUGGUAUUUGCCAAACAAGCAAAAGGAAGCGGGAUUUUACAAGAUUCCCUACUCAUUUAUUAAAGAAGCCGAAAAUCACUGUGUAUUGCACAGCACCAUUCCAAUAACUUGUCCCGUGAGGCUCAUCCAUGGGAUGGAGGAUGAGCAUAUUCCCUGGCAGAUUUCACUCAAAGUAGCUGAAAAUCUUCUUGGUUCUGAUGUUGACCUUAUCCUUCGCAAACAGGGUCAGCAUAGAAUGGCUGAGAAAGAUGAUGUAAAAUUAAUAGUUUACACCAUAGAUGAUCUCAUAGACAAACUUUCAACACUGGCAUAAACAAAUAGAAUUUAGAAAUUGGUGGCAUAUAUAAUUAGCACUACACUGAACUGAUGAAAGCUGUUUUCAUUGCCAAUUCUGUGAUAUGAAUAAACUGUGCAGAAUUAUUUUGAACUGGACCUAAUGUGCUUUACAUAGAAAAUAUUACUUGGAUCAAAAAGUCAUCAAUUAUUAGAAACAAAAAAAGUCAGCAUUUUUUGAUGGUUGAUUGAUUAUUAUAAAUGCAGCACAGUUUGAGAUAAAAGCUAUAGAAUAUGUAAUACCAUUACCAGUGUUAAUAGCACAACAUGCCUCCUUACACAGCAAUGUUAAUGCAUUCUUGACAGUUUAUCAUUGCCUGGUUGCAUGAAUAGAAUCAACUAUAUGGUACUAAUGCUGCAUUUUAGAUUAAUAACAUUAGGAAUACCAGCAGUUUCAAUGAAAGUAAUUCUGUACUGUUGCCAGAUGUAUUUUCAGUUUCAUUUCAGUAUUAUAACAAUUUUCCUGUAUACACAGUCUUCUUUCAUUUGGAGAUAUAUAUGACUGAUUUCUGGAGUAUCAGUCAAAGAUCUCAAAGUUGCAUUGUUUAAACAAAUUUGUUUUCUGAUAUGACAUGCAUGAGAACACCCAUGAAAAAAGUAAAAUGGUACAACUAAUUUCUUCAUAAAUCUGCCUUUAUAAAUCAGAGGGGCAAGAUUCUUUAAUUAAUUGGGAUACAUCUCUACUUUCACACAACCUUAGAGUCUGGUUCUUGAUAAGGCUGUUAUAUUAAGGAACUACUGAAUUGAGAAGAAAUGAUUUAAACAUUUGCAAUAGAGACUGUAUUUCAGAAUAAGUCAGUCUGAUAUUGUUUAAAACAUUAGAUGUCACAGUAUAAAGUAUAAACUCUUAAGAUGCUAGUAUUUCGCUAGUGUGGUAGUCAAAUGAACAAUUGAAGAUUAGCUGCAACUAUUGUUUCUGUUCAGAGCUGUGUCAUUUUGAUUAACUAGGGAAACGUUAAUGGCCCUCCUUGUGAACUGGGUCAACCCUGAUGAAAGCAAUUUUCUGUUUUUUUUAAGAAUAAAUAAUAAUCAAUGUAAUUGUAAGUACAUUGUCAAAAUAAUAAGUUACUUUGUUGACAUAUUGAUAGUUUGGAUUUAAUAUUUAUUCCUACUCCAGUCCUGGCAACUGUGACUUUUUGCUAUUCUCUCCAAAUAAUUAAACUGAAGAAGAGAACACU